AAAUCCCACUUCUAACUUCCUUUCUCUCUCACUUCUGCGCUUCUAAAAUCUGAACUACUUUUCUUCUUCUUUGAAAUUAAAAAUGGGAACUGCAACAUUCAUCGACAUUAUCAUCGCAAUUCUUCUUCCUCCACUCGGUGUUUUCCUCAAGUUUGGCUGCGGGGCUGAGUUCUGGAUUUGCUUGUUAUUGACGCUCUUUGGUUACAUUCCUGGAAUCAUUUAUGCUAUAUAUAUUCUCACCAAGUAGAGAUUCCCCUCUAGAUGGUGUAGGAUCGUGUGCUCAAAUUAGAGAUGAUGCUUCAAAACAUGUUUAAAUCAAUUGAUCCUUUUUUGUUUGUUCUUUUGUUUUUCUCUAUUGAUGUCUAAAUCAGUAGUAUUCACAUUGUAAUGUUCCUUUGGUAUGAGAAUUAUAAGUUUAUGUAAACAAGUGCGAUAUGCCAUUCUCA